ACUGCGUGAAAUUAAUUGGAUAAUAUAUUCUCUCUGUGAACUGUACUGUGACAUCACGGUCACCUGAUCGCAUUACAGUUACAGUUGCAAGACAGAAACCGUAUUUUUUCCAAGUAGCUGUCCUAGAAGGCGCACUGGUAGACGUAUGUCGUGUUUUCUUUUCGCGUGCAUUUUUCCUUUUAGGUCUUGUUAAAAACUGGGUUCCCUUCAAGUUUUUGUAAAGUAAAGCUUUUUCUUAACGACGGUGUUUUGGGUGCAGAUGAGAAAGUACAUUUUUCGUUCUUGGUUUUUGUGAAUGGAGAUUACAGCUGCUCGCGCUUGAGUGUAAGAUUUUUUUCUGCUCCGUAUCGCUUCCAUCAACCUUUUAUUUAAGUACUGUUGAACCACCGUGGAUCACUAUGACUUGGGACGGGGAAUGCAUGGAGGAUAUCCCGAUUGACGUGAUUUGUGACAAAAGUAGGAACUCCAGAAAACUUCUGUCUUCCACAGAGUCAGGGGUGGGACCUGAGCCUGAACUGGGCCAAGAUGGCCCACUGUCCUCAGAUAUAAAUUCCCAGGAGACAAACCAAGAUAGGGGCAUGUCUGCGUAUCUGGAAAAAGCGAGCAAAGGUACAUCUUCAUCGAAGCCGCCCUAUUCAUACAUCGCCUUAAUCACCAUGGCCAUCCUGCAGAGCCCGAAGAAGCGCCUGACGCUCAGCGAGAUCUGCGACUUCAUCAGUCACCGAUUCGCUUACUAUCGGCAGAAGUUCCCGGCUUGGCAGAACUCCAUCCGACACAACUUAUCGCUGAACGACUGCUUCAUCAAAAUCCCCCGGGAGCCGGGCAAUCCGGGGAAAGGUAACUACUGGACGCUGGACCCCAAUUCCGCUGACAUGUUCGAAAACGGCAGCUUUUUGCGGCGCCGGAAGCGUUUUAAGCGACAGCAUAUUAAAACGAGUACAAUGAAAGAUGUGGAAAUGAACAGAAUGUCGACUUUUUCUUACGGCUCCUACGGUUUAGGGGCGGCGUGCUUACCGCUGCCAAAUCUGGAGCUUUACGGUUUAGGGAACCCGUAUUAUCCCAAUUCCCCAUGCGCCGUACCACCUGUUGGCAGCAUCCUGCCGGCUCUCUCCACGCUCUUUACCAGGACCUCCUUCCUCGCCAAGGCUCUUUUCCCUUCCCAUUCCCUCGUCUUUGAAUCCCCCACCGCUAGCAACUGCGAAACCGUCUCUUCGGCCGCAGAUCUGAACCCCAGGUUUGUCUGCGGCGCCGCCAUCCUUCCAUCCGCGUCUCCUCAUCUCUUCGGUUUGCAGCAGGAGUAUCAGAAACUGCAGACGCUGCCGCCUGGACAGUGAACUGUGAUCCAGGCCCGGACCCAGCAGCGCUUGGGCUUCUCACGCAAAAUAUUCGGGUUGUGUCUCAGGUAACAGACUGUUCCGGAUUUAAAAUGAGAAAGUGUAUUUUGUCGGCGAUUUCCUAAAUGCUUACCGUAUGGUAGGCUAUGUAGUUUAUGAUAAUUUUUAUAGUAUACGUUUUAAUAUAUUACAAAUGCUUGCAGGAAUAUAUUUCUUACAUGUUUUUUAACCGGACUAAAAUUUUACUUUUUUUAAGCUAGUUUAACGGAAUAUUUAAAUGACGAAUUUCUUUGGGGCGUUGGAAAGAAAUAAACUUUUCAAGAUGCAUAAAUUAGCAGGUAUUUUGUUCGUUAAAAUAGUAGUUGUGUAAUUUCAUUCUAAACCUAAAUUAUUCUUGUAUUCAUCGUACAUAAUUUCGUAUUAAUUUGUUGACUUGGAUCUAAACGCUAACUUUGGAUUUCUUUUUUGUGUUUUUUUGUCUUUAUCUGCCAUAGAAAAGCAAAAAAAAAAUCAGGAUUUUGUAUUUGAGAUUUUUUAUUUCUAUUUCACUUAAGGAUUUAAUUUCUUAUUCAAAUAAGCCUAAAUGUAAUAUUGCCUUUCGUAAUAAAUCCUUGCUAUUUCAUUUGUAUCUUUGAUUUUGAAUGCACCCCGCAUUAGCCUAGCCUACAUUACAGCGAGCGUAUAAGACACGUUAUAACGCACGAGGGCAAAAUAUAGGCCGCUUCUCAGAUCUCUUGCAUGCUUCGUUUUAAAAUGACUCCUCUUUACUAACACGCAAACCGUCCAUAUUUGUGAUAACUAAUUAUACUUAAUCAGAGGUUUGAGAUGCUUAAUUCUCUAAAUAAGAUCUCGGUAUCAUGAUAAACUAUAAUUUUGUAUUACAUUAACGGGAACGGAGCUUUGUUAAAUGGCUAAUUAAUUAGGGCGUGAUUUCUCCUCGUAUACAAAUGGAAGUGAAUAUUCGAAAUUUAAGUGGUGU